AUGGGUAGACCCUCGGACAGUGGAGCUGUUCCUCCCAAACUGAAGAAACUGAAAAGCCCAAACGUUCAUGUGGGUGAGAAGAUCUCCCUGAAAUGUGAGGCGACUGCUGGAAACCCUCAGCCAUCCUACAAAUGGUUUAAAGAUGGGAAAGAGCUGAAGAAGAGCAAAGACAUCCGGAUCAAGUAUGGGAAUGGGAAAAAGAUUUCCAGACUGCAGUUCAACAAGGUGAAGCUUGAAGAUGCUGGGGAGUACAGCUGCGAAGCGGAGAACGUUUUAGGGAAAGACACCGCAAAAGGCAGCCUGAAUGUGAAAAGUGGAACAACGAAAACACCACAAGUCUUACCAGCCUCAGAAACUAAAAUAGUUGUUAUGGAAGAAGAGUUAACCACAACUCUCUCCUCCUGGUCCGGGCAUGCCAGAAAAUGCAACGAAACAGCCAAGUCCUAUUGUGUCAAUGGAGGGGUGUGCUACUACAUCGAGGGGAUUAAUCAGCUGUCGUGCAAGUGUCCGAUCGAAUUCACAGGAGACCGGUGUCAGCAUUUCGCAAUGGUCAGCUUCUCCAAGCAUCUUGGAUUUGAAUUAAAGGAAGCAGAGGAGCUCUACCAGAAGAGGGUUUUAACCAUCACGGGAAUCUGUGUUGCCUUGCUUGUGGUGGGCAUCGUCUGUGUGGUAGCUUACUGUAAAACCAAGAAACAAAGAAAACAAAUGCAUAACCACUUGCGGCAGAACAUGUGUCCUGCUCAUCAAAACCGGAGCCUUGCGAACGGGCCAAGCCAUCCACGUUUGGAUCCUGAGGAAAUCCAAAUGGCUGAUUAUAUUUCUAAGAAUGUUUCUGCCACCGAGCACGUGAUCCGAAGGGAAACAGAGACAACCUUUUCAGGAAGUCACUCCUGCUCCCCAUCUCAUCACUGCUCCACAGCCACUCCAACGUCCAGCCAGAGACAUGAAAGCCACACCUGGAGCUUGGAGAGAACAGAGAGCCUGACUUCAGAUUCCCAGUCUGGGAUAAUGCUGUCCUCAGUGGGAACCAGUAAAUGCAACAGCCCUGCGUGCGUGGAGGCACGGGCUCGCCGCGGGGCCACCUUCUGCAUCGAGGACCAGCGGAGGCCCACGACGCAGUACCGCGACUCGGUGGAUUCCCUGCGGGACUCGCCCCACAGCGAGAGGUACGUGUCGGCCCUGACCACACCAGCACGCCUGUCGCCUGUUGACUUCCACUACUCGAUGACCACGCAGGUGCCCACCUUCGAGAUCACCUCCCCCAACUCGGCGCACGCCGUGUCCCUGCCGCCGGCGGCCCCCAUCAGCUUCCGCGUGGAGGAGCAGCAGCCCCUGCUGCGGCGGUACCAGCUCCCCUUCCAGGACACGCAGAGGUACGACAGCUACUACCAAAGGAAGACCUACCUAAACGACAGCAUGGGGAGCCUGCCCUCCAGCCCCUUCCGCAUCACAGAGGACGACGAGUACGAGACGACGCAGGAGUACGUCACAGCGCUAGAGCAGCCAAAGAAAACAGCCAGCAGCAACAGGCGGUGGAAAAAAUCCAAACUGAACGGGCACAUCCCUCACAGAGCCAGAGCCGUCCGGGACUCCUUCUCCUUGAGCAGCGCCUCUUACAGCGAGUCUGACGAGGAGCUGGUGGCCGAGAGCACCCCGUUCCUAAGCACUCAGAACAAUGAGGUGGCGCACACAGAGUCGCCGCCGCUGCACCGGCCGGGCGACAGCCGGACUCACUACUCGUGCCGCGGGCACAACGCGCACGGCGAUGGCGGCCGCGGCAGCCUGGGCCACGUGGCGCCCAAAGCGGACCCCGAUCCUCUCUAGGCGCCUCCCGCGCUCCUGCGCGCGCAGCCGUGACCCGCAUGGAGGAGGCCGAGAGGAGGGAGGCCGAGGCGAGACAAAAAACCACACAAAACAAACAAAACAAAAGAAAACAAAAAAAAUUAAAUAUUUUUAUUUUAUAUAAAAGAGGGAAAAACAAAAAAUAUAACAAAUAAAAAUGUUUUAUUUUCAUUUUAGCAAAGUUGUCUUAUAAUAGCUAACGACAAUGACUUUUUUAUAGGGAAUCUCUAUUUAUAUGUAAUGUCUUGAUUUACAGCUUCCGAGAAAAAAAAAGUAAAAAAAAAAAAAAAAAAAAGAAAAGAAAACAAACAAUAAAGUUAAAAAAAAAGUGGGCCAAUUUUUGACUACUUAAAAAUAGAAAACAAAACUAUCGUGGUGCCUUUUGCUGUAUGCUAGUGCUGGGAUUCAUGCCGAGGAUUCUGUUUCAGUAGCAUUUUUAAGGUCAUAGAUUUUUGUUUGGGAGACAACCUGUCACAAGGGCGCUUUUCUGUUGGAAGAAAACAGCCUUGCCACUUUGCCCCGUACCCUGCUAUUAAUGAUCUUAUUCUUUAAAGUAUUGUUUAAACACACAUUAAGGACAUGAGUGGGAGCAUUUCCAUUAUCAUGUCUAACGAGGAUCUGUCUUGCCCUGUGAACUACUUGUAUUUCCGCUUAAAUCAGGAGAAAAAGAAACCCAACAGCACUGUGCUGAAAUGCAGAAAUAAUGUUUCUUUUGCCACACAGGUAGGAAGAGAAAAUGAAAUCGCGCAGCAGCAGCAGCAGCCCUUACAAUAUAGCUCUCAACCUUUGGCCAUCUCACCGGUGGGUCUGGAAUGGGGUUGGCACAGGUUUGUAGUGAGGCCAGGCAGACACCCCUGUGACCAUGGUGGAUCACACCUGUCACGUACCCUUGAAUCCGGGUCGCUGAGCCAGCCCUGGCAGCUGGCCCUGCGCGGUGGUCCCAGUGGGCGGCUCUGUUCAGCCACGGCACCCGUGGCCACGUGGCCGCCCCACCGCCAUGCUGGCCGCGGCGUCCCCUCGGCUGAGCGCUGGCCAUGGCGCGUGGGGCCACGGAGCUGUGGUGACACCCUUGGCCGGGGUGCUGGGGGACACCCACAAGGUGGUCCCGUGGCGCUGACGGCCGCGUGUCACCCUGGGCACGGAGCCAGGCGGUAUCCAGCCACGCUGCCCCAAGGGUCAGUAGGACCCCGAGCGCUUUGGGCUCCGCUUGUGGCCCCUGGCUCGGCCGGGCAGGGCCCUGCGUGGGGCAGCCCAGCGAGCGGAUUCUCCCGUACGGCCGUGCCACGUAUUGUAAAGACAGUUGUUACCAUCACGUCCUGCCAUCGAUGACGGACGUCGCGUUCCCAAACUCGGAGCAGCUCUGGCCAUCGGCUCUGUGGCGCAAAGAGACAGUCCUGCGUGUCCAGGCGGCAGAGCAUCCCCUGUGGAAGUGCCCCCCUCUCCUCAGUUCUCUGCAGCAAACCUGUUUACAUUGUAGCCUGACUUUUUUCUUUUUAUAUUUUUACUUCUGCAUGUCCUUUGCAUUUCAGAUACUGUAGAUUGGAUGCAUGGUGAAGCUGUGACUGAGAAGAUAAUACAACAAUUGACAGUGUAUUAUUUCAUUUAACUUUUAGCAAUAAAGUAACUAAACCCUCUAUUCCUCACCCAUGAUGGGGUCAGAUAGAAAACUCUGCUAAUUUGUCAUAAGAUGAUUGUCAAAGUUUGCUCUGGAUUGUCUGAAUGUCAGAACUCUUGACUGUUUAACACUUGAACAUUUUUUAUAUUAUAAAUAAAAUAAGAAAUAACAAGUUGUGGGCUGCAUUAAUCUCAGGCCCUUUGGGGGGCAAAUGGGGAGCUGUGACUGGCACCAUACACAGAAACACAGACUGGAUAAGGCUGAAAGAGACUUCUUCCACAUUUCCUGCUCCACCAGCUCACCCAGAGUCAGCCGCCCAGGCCUGUGCCCAGUCAGGGUUUGAGUAUCUUUGGGGAUGGCAGUACCACAACUUCUUUGGGUAACCUCUGCCAGUGUUUGGUCCCUCUCAAAGCAAAAAUUUGUCUUCUUGUAUUUGGACCGGAUUUAUUAAUUUUUAAUUUGGGCCCUUUGCCUCAUUCUCUGUUUUAGGCCCAUUGCCUCGUGUCCUGAGCACUGCUGAGAAGAGUCCAGCUCCCUCUUUUUCACUGCCAUCCACUGGGUGUUUAUACACAUGGAUAAAGCCCCCUUGAGCCUUCUCCUCUCCAGGCUGGACAGUUCCAUCUCUCUCAUCCUUUCCUCAUAUGAGAGAUGCUCUGGCUCAGUAAAGAUCUUUAUGCCCAUAAAGACCCAUGGGUCUAGUUGGCAUGGACAUUUGACCUUCCCUGCAGGGCUCAGGAGUGGAGGCUCAUUGAGGUGAGUGAAUGCUACCCACACAUCUCCUGGGGGCACCCCACUCCUCCUCCAACUGCAGGUCAGGAGAUCCCCCUUCACUUGAGCCAUGGAAGUUUCCAGUUGUGCCAUGUGAGGUCAGGAUGUGCUAUGACCUGGCACCUAUUUCAGUGACUUCAAGAGAGUGGAGAUGUGUUGGGUCCAACCCUGCCGGCGCUGUGGUGCCGUGCAGCACUGACCCACCCACAAAACAGGUCCUUUCUUCAGCUCCUCCCCUGGAAAUCUGUGUCUCUGGCUAUCCCCGUGUGAGGGACUCACUGACAGUGUGGUGUGGCCACAGGAGCACAGUCCCUGAGGUGGAACCCAUGGUUCCAUCCAGCUCAGAACCCACUCCCCUGUUCCUGCUCAGUGACAUGAACAGGUACCCAAAAGUCCCAGCUGCACUCACUUAACAGGAGAGGGAUCUGUCUCGGUGAGCUGACCCUACUGAAAUGGAUAGGCUGGAACUAACUGAUCUGCUUGGAAUUAGAUGAUUUUUAAUGUCUCUUCCAACCCAAAUCAUUCUAUGAAUGCCCAGAGCUGUGAGAGAACUCCCCAGCCCUCACAGAACUGCCCAUGCUGGAGGCCAGACUAAGCCCACCCACGGCCUGGGCUUCUUCUGCUCCAACCCCCCCGGAUGCCCAUUGCCCUGGAGCUGACCCAGCUGGGUCACAGGCCACCCCAAACAUUCAUGGCAUGUCCUGUGGGGCCUCCAGAGAGACCAGAGAGCUCAGCACUCCACCCAGAAUGGAGACAUCUCAACACUGAUUUCCCAGCAGGUUAAAGUCUGAAGGAUCCUUCCCUCCCACCAUGGGGCCCAUGUCACCCCACAGCACAUGCAAGGGAGGUGUUAGGUGACUAGACCUGGGGCUAGAGGUGGUAGGGCCAAGUCCUGAUUUGGGUGACAUUUGCCUUUGUGCCCCACUUCUGUGCAGCCCCAAGCCUCGCUGUGUGAAGGCAGCCGUGCAGCUCUCCACUCUCCUGUUUCUCUUGGGGCAUGCCCCAGCUCCCCGUCACCUUUGAUCCAUCUUAGCUCUUCCAGUGGCUCCCAGAGCAAGGUGAGAUGGGCAGGAACAGGCAGAGAACACCUGACCCCUUGGAAAGGACGUGUGGAUUAACACCAAGGCUGAUCCCUGGGGAAAGCAGGCACAUGGAAGAGAGAGGUUGGGUGUCUUUGGCUUCCCAAAGCAGCCCCAUCUCCUUGCCUGACUCUCCUCAGCAUCUCUGAGCUCCACUCAUGGAGAAGUGCCCCCAAGGCUGGCACAGCAGCACCUGCAUUAUAAGAAGGUAGAGCUCUUGUGUGUCCCUGGCAUGCAGAACAACCGUGUGGCCACAUCACAGGGUGUGCUCAAUGCAGCUGAUCCCCACCAGGAAUCUCUCUGGGUCCCUUGGAGAGGAGCUGUGGGUUUGUCCUGCACAGGGGGAUGCUUCCCUGCUCCAUGAUUUGCAGGGAUCUGUGAUGUUCUGCAUCCACUGAGACACCACUAGCUCUGAGCCAUGGCAGCCUCAGGAUUCUUUGUGGUGACUUUUUUUGCUAAACGUGCCCCUUGAUUCCCAUAAUUGUGUUCUAUAUUUAGAGGCAGUUACGCUACUUCAAUUUUCUCUCCAAUUGCCUCUGAAGAGAGCCUGCAUCUCUCUCUUUUUUCCCUGGCUGGUUUAUUUUUAGACUCCUCAUUUCCAGCCAUGUGUGUUCCUAGGGUUCUGCCGUAAAUAUUUUACAGCAACUUUCACAGGUGGGGGAGCCACCAAAGCCUCCUGACAGCUCUGCUCUGCAUUUAUGGUGCCUUUACUGCCCUUCCCAGAGGGGAAGGAGUUGCUCUGCUGACACAGAUCGGUGACACAAGCAGGAGAGGAGCUCUAGAUCCUGGCUUGGGGUCACAAAGUCUCCCCCACAAAGAAGUCUCUCCAAAAUGAAUGUGGUUGUGCCCUGGCAGGGAGGCCAGGCUGAACCAGCAUUGCCAGGUGAGGUUGUGUGAGACCCAAAGCAGUCAUGGUGCCUGCUGGAGGGGCUGACACACACUGGGGAGGUGCAGAAAGUGCAUCUGAGUAACUCCAGGAGGAGAAAAGGAUGUGGCUGCCUAAUUCCUCUGAGAAUUCCGCUGCUCUUCUCUCUUAGUGGUGGGUGACUGAGUCCUUGAUCUCCAGGGAGGGAGAAAAGGGAUGAAAAAAUCCGUUUUCUUCCAAGUCACAAGCUGAGGCUGUGGAUUGGUCAAACAAGGUGUUUUUGGCUCUGCCCUCACGUAGGUAAGAUGCUCUCAACACCUUUACAUGUGCCUGUGCACCUGGAUCAGGACUUGUGCAGGAAGCAAACUGCAGGUACUCAGUAAGAGCAAGUUUAGUACUCUGAGCUGUCUUGCCAAGUGUUGUCUGACAUCAGCUUCCAUCCCUUCCCACAUCCACUGGCUGUUCAGGCUCACGGCUCUGAGUCUCUUUCCUGCUGCCCAGAGGAGACUUGUCCAAGAUCUUGCUUUUCUCUGCAAGUUACUUCCAGCUGAGGAUGGCAGGCUGGCACCUUCACCCAGGGGGCUGAGCUGCUCUUGGUGGCAGCUCAAACACACUGGGGACGUCACUGCCUGCUGGAAGGGAUGCUCAGAAGGGAAGACUGAGGUACAAAAUAUUACCUGGGAUUUUGGAGAGGAGGAAUUGGGCCCAGCUUUCUCCUGGACUUCCACUGUGAAAGUCUCAGCACCAGACACUUCCUGUGAGUAGAAACAUCUCGGAGGUCUUUGGUGCAAGUCUGUAAAAUACCUGACACAAACACAAUGAUGCCUUGGAGAAACAGCCACAGACUCCUCUGGGAACCGUUGUGAGAACAUCUCCAGUCACUAAUGCAGGGCUUGGGACCUUUCUGCUCCCAUAAAUCUCUAGGCUGUAUGUUGACAGCCACACCUGGGAUGCACCAGAGAGAGGGAAGAGUUACUUGAAUGUCUUCCCAAAGCAGCCCAUGUAUCCACACCCGCUCCAGAACCAUCCAAGAGGAUGGGCAGGCUGGUACCCACUUGUGGAAAGGAAUUGAUAUUUCCUGGUGCUGUCUAUCCACAGGAUCCUGGCUUUUCUGCAUCAGGUGCUGGUGGACAUCUGAAUCAGCCUGGUCUUCUGGUGCUGUGAAAUCUGUGAUCAAUCCAGCACAUGGUGGAACGAUGCUUCAGACCAAUUCUCUUUACCAACAGAUUCAGUUUUAUUGUUAUUCUUUUUUUUUACAUGAUUCUUAGUGCAUCAUUUCAAAUAAACUAUCAAACUGUACAAAGAAACAGAGAUAAAAGAAGAGGAGAUAAAGUUGGGAAGAGGUUUUUAGUGUCAUGAACCAUCAUGGAAAACAGUAGUCCGUAGGCUCUCAAAUACUGAAGGUCCAAAUAAAUCUUAUUUUGUUUGUUUAAAAAAUGCUGCAAAAUAUAAACAAUAAAUGACUGUAAUUAGCAGCUACAAGAUCCUUCAAAACUGGAACUUGAUUACUGUGAACGCACCUAGGGGAAAGAAAAGCAAUCUGAGAUAAAGGAUCAAACAGAAUAUUGAAAUAAAUAAAGUGUGGGAGGACAGUCGUGGCAUUGAAAUGCAGAGGAAUCACUUCAGCACAACAAUAAAUCAUUGGACCACAGACAGCAGAAAGGAACAGAAACACAAUUCCCACUUAAAAGAGUACAGCAUGUGCACCGCAGGAUGGAGGAAUACAGCAGGGACGGGCAGGUGGGAUCGCUCCUGCACGCAAAGGUUCCGCAGGAGCUCGUGCACGGCUCCAGUUGUGCCUCGAACCCAGAGUGCUGGAUCCCGUGGUUGCCAAAAUAGCAGCCAUUUGGGCAGUUUGUCUGAAUAAGCAGGAAUGGGAGAGCGAUGUUUCACAGCAAAGCCAGGUGGGAUUUCCAUUCGAGUAAAAAAAGGAGAAAAAGGAAAAAAGAAAAAAAAAAAAA